CCCCUUUCUGCUUACUGCCAUUCCACUCUUCCCUUUUCACCCUGUCUUUUUCAGGAGAAACUACUGAACUUGGAAGGAAGGUUUCCAUAGUCAUGGCACUCUUUUCUUCCCUAACCCCAGUCUUUAUAGCCAUUAUAUGUGUUUUGAUUGGGGCAAUACUGAAGAAGACUAAUGGAGAGAAGGAAAAACAUGAGACUAAAAGCAAGUCUUUAUCUCACCCAUGGGUGGAUGAAGAUUUAAAAGAUGGCACUGACCACCACUCAGAGGAAGAAGUGGUUGAUGAAGAGUGGCAAGGACUUGAAGAAAAUGUUGCCCAUGUCCCGUUCUUUGCAGAGCGCUACUCUGAAGCUGAAAUGAUCAAAAGGUCACAGAUGUUUUACGAGCUUCUUAACAAGAGACGGUCUGUCAGGUUUCUCAGUGAUGAACCUGUCCCCAGGGAGGUUAUCGAUAAUGUCAUCAGAACAGCAGGUAUGGUACUGAGUGGUCCAAGGUCUGAAAAAAAGAAGAGGAUCAGCAUUGCUGUUCAACUGUGUACCUCACCCAGUGGAGCACACACUGAGCCCUGGACCUUUGUGGUGGUGCAAGAUCCAUACUUAAAACAUAAGAUUCGUGAGAUCGUAGAAGAAGAAGAAGAAAUCAACUACAAAAAAAGGAUGGGAGACAGAUGGGUUAAUGAUUUGAAAAGACUGAGAACAAACUGGAUCAAAGAGUACUUGGACACUGCUCCGUAUCUGAUCCUCAUUUUUAAGCAGGUAUAUGGGCAGCUUCCAAAUGGCAAAAAGAAGACCCACUACUACAAUGAAAUCAGUGUUUCUAUUGCCUGUGGUAUCCUGCUUGCUGCCUUGCAGAAUGCGGGCCUGUACACAGUGACAUCCACACCCCUCAACUGCGGCCCCCAGCUCCGGGUGCUGCUCCAGCGCCCAGCGAACGAGAAGCUACUCUUGUUGCUCCCUGUUGGAUAUCCCAAGAAAGAUGCUACUGUGCCUGCGCUGACCCGAAAGCCACUGGAAGACAUCAUGGUGGUCAUGUGAGCCCAGCGCUGCGAGGAAGGAGCUGUAAGCAGCAGCCCACUCAAGCUGUCAGUGCUGUUCCUGUGUAUUGUCUGCCUACACCACUGCUGCUCUGGCUCUUUGCACCUGUGUUUCUUUUAGUGCUAGUAAGCUACUAAUAGUGAGCAGCCCAGCACUGUGCAUUUGACAGGUGCUAUUACCAAAGCAACCAGGUGUUGUUCCAGGGGACACGUACAAUUUAAAUUACCUUUAUCACUUGAUUUUUCUUAUGCAUUGUAGGGACAAAUCUUUCCUUGAACUGUAAUGUAUAUUCUCCUUAUACUUUUGUGUUUACCGUUACACAGUUACUUUCACUUCAGAAAUUUAACGGAGGUUGUAUUAAAAAAUAUAGAGAUCAAA